GCAGUGGUCUCAAAUAUCCAACAGGUGACUGUUACAACAGGAUGCAGAAGAUAUUUUUAUCCCUGGCUUUGCUCUCAACUGUGACUUCCGAAGAAUUAGAGACCAAGAAGCAUCGACCCUUAUUGCCAGAAGACGGGCUUCAAUUUUGGCUCCCAAGAGACAGUAUCUCUUGGGAUAUUAAAGAUCAGGAAGGAAGGCGUCAUCAAGAGUCAAAGUCAUCACUCAGCAAAAUUUCUGAAUCUCAUGAUCUUACCAGAUUUUUCUUCAACAAUCCUAAUCUCCCCACCAAUACUAGUGAAGAUGACCAGGCAUCAAAUAAUCAUCAGAGCCUCAAUGAGCUAAGCGGUAUUGAUAAACGUAAACCAGCUUUUCUGUUACCCUUUGGUCGAUUUGGAUUAUCAAAAAUUAAUCCAAAUCAAAAGGGAUUUAAAUGCCACUAUGAUAGAUGUCGUAGAAAACAUCAAGACUGGAGUCUACAGGAGCCUGUUUAUGUCGAAGAGCCAAAUUGGGUUCAAAUUGAGUCCGAAAGUCUUGAAACUCCUAUUGGCAGAAGCGAACCGUUUUUUGUAAAUCGAGGAAAAAGAUCAAUUAAAUUAAAAACAUUAAAUCCACUCAAAAACACAAUAAAAGGCCGAGAAAUGGAAGAAGCAAACACGCCAAAAGAAAAUAUUCAUGAAUCAAAUGCACGAAAGAAAAGGGAAGUCUCUCCAAAAGUGAUAAAAAUGAAACCGAUUCAAAGACGAAGUGAAACUGAUAAUAAAAAAUGGUUGGAAAGUAUUGAAAAAUCUUUGAUUGGUGGGGAUAAUUCUGCAGUAAUGACAAAAUCUUCAAGCUACUUACAUCCAAGAAAUAAACAUUCGGAUGUCUUGGAAAUUUUGGAGGAACCAUUCUUCAUAUCAAGAGGAAAAAAGAAUCAUUUUGUUCCCUCUCGUAAUUUUUUCUGGGAAGAAUUUUACUCCGAUCAAGAUUUGGACAAUUUAUCCUCAGAUAUGUAUGAAGAUGCAAUUUUGUCAAGAUUGGAAUUGGAUGUAAAACAAAAAAUCCUUGAAAACAUUUUAAACUAUGAAACUCACAAAAAAAGAUUUCAAGAUGAAAAUAAAAAUGAGAUUCAAUCUAACUCAAAAAGAGGAGUUUUGGAGGAAUUAGAUGUGCAGUUUGACCCUUUUUAUGUGGCGAGAGGCUGAAAGUCAUUUUUAAGAAAAAAUCUAUAUUUUCAGCUUCAAAUUGCACCAAAAAUUAGUUUUUAGCU